AUGCUUUUCCCUUUUCUUUUUCCUUUCUUCUUUUUCCCCUUUCUCUCUCUCUCUCUCUCUCUUUCUCUCGCUUCCCUUCUCCUUCUUAUCUCGAAUUUGAAAUUUUGUAACUGCAUUUAUUCCGGAUCUAUCUAUCUAUCUAUCUAUCUAUCUAUCUAUCUAUCUAUCUAUUCUACUGAUUAUCUAUCUAUCUAUCUAUCUAUCUAUCUAUCUAUCUAUCUAUCUAUGUCUAUUGAUUAUCUCUCUCUCUCUCUUUCUAUCUAUCUAAGUCUACUGAUUAUCUAUCUAUCUAUCUAUCUAUCUAUCUAUCUAUCUAUCUAUCUAUCACAAUCUCUUCAUUAUCUAUCUUCAUUAUCUGUCACAUCUACUGAUUAUCUAUCUAUCUAUCUAUCUUUCUAUCUAUCUAUCUAUCCCAAUCUCUUCAUUAUCUAUCUUCAUUAUCUGUCACAGUCUGUUGAUUAUCUAUCUAUCUAUCUAUCUAUCUAUCUAUCUAUCUAUCUAUCUAUCUAUCUAUCUAUCUAUCUAUGUCUAUUGAUUAUCUCUCUCUCUCUCUAUCUAUCUAAGUCUACUGAUUAUCUAUCUAUCUAUCUAUCUAUCUAUCUAUCUAUCUAUCUAUCUAUCUAUCUAUCUAUCACAAUCUCUUCAUUAUCUAUCUUCAUUAUCUGUCACAGUAUGUUGACUAUCUAUCUAUCUAUCUAUCUAUCUAUCUAUCUAUCAUUUUUAAUCACCAUAUGCAAACAAAAAGGCAGACAGGCACUCUCUUGA